UUGGGUGUGUGUUUAUGUUGUGUCGGUGUGUGUAGGGCGGCGCCACGGGGUUUAGAGCGGUGUGUGUGGUGGAAUUCGGCAGGCCAUACAGGCGACAUUCUCUGCAGAGAGUCACAAGCUGAGCUGUCAGUGCAGGCAGCCUAAUGAUAGCUGAGUGUACAGGACACAUAGUUAUUGGGGGUCUCCCAUAGGAGUCCUGUGUAAUCUCUGCUCAUGUUCUAUGGCAGUGCUGGCUGAAGGGGGGAGGCAGAGGACGCUGGAGGGAAUGGGCUGCCAUUGGAAUCCUGCCUUCUGUCCAUGUAUAAGAAUGUGUAUUGUGUGUCAUGUACUCUCUUCUACUACUGAUCACUAUAUACAGGGAUGCACUAUUCUACCCAGCUGGUACCUGCUAUCUCUGCAUUGUGCACAUCGAAAGGAGAUAGAAACAAAAACACCAUGACAUGUAAACUUUGGUGCCAUUCAAAGGAAUGAGCAUUUCAAAUGGCUGCGUGUGAGACAGAUGCUGAAAGCAGUCAUUCUAUGGAUGAAGACGACACAGAAAAUACAUCCUUGCAGGAACCAAUGAAAUCUGAUAAUGUCACCGUCCGUUUCUCAGUGGAAGAGUUGGAGUCAUUUGAAGAAAGACAAAACAAAUCUUGUAAAAAUGAACCGACUGAAAUCCACCAGACCCCAACCUUAGUGGGUUAUAUCUAUGUAAAGCCAGAGAUUAUGUCCCGUAUUCACCAAGGAGAAGAAUUAUGUGUAAAGAGCAAUUUGUAUUCUCAGAAGAGGAACUGCAGAAUGGGUCCUUCCACAAGUGACAAAUCGACAGAAGCAAGUAAAGCACCCAAGGUCCCAAAAGAAGAGAAUGAAAAUGAAACAUUGCUUUGUGAAAGUCCAUCAAAUUCCAACACCAUUUUAAAGAAACAAUACAUAUCAACGCUUGCAAUGAAAAAUGCAAAGGAAAAAUCUAUAAAGCAUGAAACACAGGAAGAAAAGAUAACUGAAACAAGAACACAGAGAGGUCGCCGAAGAAGGAAAUACGUGAUGAGUGGAAGCACAAAUGCCGAAGGAGCUGAUGCCACUUUAACGGGCAAUAAAGCCAAAGCUAACUCAGAAACAAAAGUGGCUAAGCCAGCUAGAUCUUUCCUCUGCUCAGUUUGUGGCAAGUGUUUUACCCAGAAUGCCAGUCUGAUCAUCCAUCAGAGAACUCACACAGGUGAAAGACCACAUGUGUGCAAAGUAUGCAACAAGAGUUUCAUUAGUAGUGCUUACCUUGUAAUGCACCAGAGAAUUCACACUGGAGAGCGUCCGUACGUGUGCACCGAGUGUGGGAAAAGCUUCAUAAAUAGCUCCAAUCUCAUCAUACAUAGGAGAGUGCAUACAGGAGAGCGUCCCUAUGUCUGUACCGAGUGCAGCAAGAGCUUCCGCCACAGUUCUGAUCUCGUUAGGCACCAAAAAGUUCACACAGGAGAACGGCCCUAUACCUGCAACGAGUGUGGCAAAUGCUUCUUCCGCAGUUCACAUCUCAUCAGACACAGGAGGGUUCACACCAAAAUUUAGAAAAUGUCUCCUUUGAAUUAAUCAGCGUACUAUGAUUUUACUUCAUGCAUUGCCAAAUAUUUAGUUUGACUUAAACGGGCUUAAAGAGUAAUUCUAGGCAACUAUUAAAAUCAAUCAAGUGCUAAUGCUCUCCAGGAAAUGUUACACCUGUGCUACAGUCAUAACAUUUAAUCAGUUUUAUCUAUGUGAAAGAGUUUGAGCCCAGUAGGGUUGUAUUUUGCUGGCUUCUUGCAGGCAUAUUGGGUGGGGACUGCAGCCGCUUCUCUUGAUGCUGUGUUUUACAACCUUCUGCUCAGGCGCUGUUGUGUGUGGGCAAGCCAAGAAUGGACUCGGAGUGAAAGGUGAUGGAACCUUGGAAAACUCGGCUUGUUUUUGAAAAAAUAAAUAAAAAGCCAGGUGCUCAAGACGAAUGCCAGGAUUAGAGGCAAUCAGGGGGGCGGGCUGUACCCUUGACUAGCUUAAACCUUUUAAAGAUCAUGGCUCAAUUUUGGAUGGACUCUAUUUGGUCAACCUCUGGCCUAUUGCUUAAAAGCGCCAGGAAAAAAAACUCAAAAGUUAGUAAUAUAUAUGCAAUAUGAACAGUUAUGUAAUGGAGUUCUGCUUUUUUUUUUUUUGCUUAUUUAAAUUAUUUUUAUUUGAAUGGAAAAAAAAAAACAAUGUUUCAGGAAACAAUUUUUUGUUUCUGUGUUUUCAGACUAGUUGUCACUUACAGUGCACUUUAACCCACAGCAGUUUCCAUACAAUUAAAGGCACAAGUUUACUAGCAAUUUUAAUCCGGAAUCAAGGAUCACAGAGGGAAGUUUUCCCUUUUUAAUUUAUUUUCUCUCCACAUCAUGUUGUAAAAUGUGUAGUACAGGAAUUCCAUGGGUAUUCAGUGAGAAACCACUGUAGCUGAAAAAUAAUAAUUUAAGGUAUGUCAGGUCCUAAGCGUUUUUAACUAAACAGUAGGCGUUGAACCUGCUGGCAUGCAUCCUACAAUGAGUAGUUCCUUUUUCAUAUGCAUUAAUCAGUCUUCAAAGGUAGAGCUACUAAACACCAAUGUGCCAAGGAUGUCGAUAAUUUCCAAAAUAUGCUGGGUAAAAAGCAGAAUUCCUGGUCUUCAUAAUACUUAAAUAUUAGAGUGGAAGAUUUUACGUAAACACAUAACAUUCCUUUUUCCUUUAAUUUAUUCUCUAUACAGGUAUAACUGAUUAUCUUUUCCUAUUUGGUAACUGGUGAUCUUUCCUGAUCUUUACCUAAUUUUGUCUUUGUAAAAAACUCCAUUCAUUUUUAACUGGAAAUAGUCUAAUGCAGCAGAUAAUAAGCCCUAACUAUUACCAUAUCCCUGUCACUUCGACUAUCUCCAGUUGUAUAUGUAGACAGAAAAAUAAAAUGGUGGUGAUAAUUUUUGACUUGCAACGAGUAAAAUAUUUCAUUUCUUGAUAACAAUGUCUACUGUGUCCAAGUGCAACACACUUCUCUUCUUGUAUGAAUGCACUCAGGGGAAAUAGAUGUAAGAAAAUAUUCUCUAUAGUAAAUGUUGACAAUGUAUAUAGCUUUGUAUAAACUUUUUUUUUUUUUUUUUUCAAAGAAUCACAAGUUAAAAGUAAAAAAAAAA